UCGAGUAGGGCCGUUCUGGCCGGCGCUCCGCUGUUGCAUUGUGGGAUAGUGGCGCCGGGGAGCGGGGUCCUCCAAGCGCGGCUCGCCAGCGCCCCCCUCUCUUCCCUCCCCGUCUCCUUCUCCAUCCUCAGGUCCAAGAUGGCGGCGGUGGCGGCUCCUACGGCUCCAUCUCCGCCUCCCCCGCCCCCGUCGGGCCCGUGCUGCCCCGGCUCGUGGCCGAACUUCGCCGUGGUCUGCUCCUUCCUGGAGCGCUACGGGGCGCUGCUGGACCUGCCCGAGCUGCCCUUCCCCGAGCUGGAGCGCGUCCUGCAGCCGCCGCAGGAGCCCGGGGACCAGGUUCCAAAAGAGUUGGUAGAACUUCACUUGAAACUGAUGAGGAAGAUUGGGAAGUCUGUCACAGCAGACAGAUGGGAAAAAUACUUGAUCAAGAUAUGCCAAGAGUUCAACAGUACUUGGGCAUGGGAGAUGGAGAAGAAAGGAUACCUGGAAACGAGUGUUGAAUGCAAAUUGGGAAUUCUGAAGUACCUCUGUGAGUGUCAGUUUGACGACAAUCUAAAAUUUAAGAAUAUCAUUAAUGAAGAGGAUGCUGAUGCUAUGCGUCUCCAGCCAAUUGGUCGAGACAAGGAUGGUCUAAUGUAUUGGUACCAGCUGGAUCAAGAACAUAAUGUGAGAAUGUACGUAGAAGAACAGGAUGACCAGGAUGGGUCUUCUUGGAAAUGCAUUGUCAGAAACCGAAAUGAGCUAGCUGAGACGCUUGAGCUUUUGAAAGCACAAAUCGAUCCUGCACUGUUGAAAAAGAACAACCAGCAGGACAGCUCAUCACGUGAAAGCCCUAGCAUAGAAGAUGAAGAUAGCAAAAAGGAGGAAGAAAUAUCUCCACCAGGAAAUGAAUUAAAAAUAAAAGAGGAGGAGGAGAACAUGGAGGAACAGUCAAAGGAAUUGGAAAGCCUUCCUCCACCUACAGUUCCAGCAGAUGAAAACAUGAUGAAAAUGGAGAAAGUGGAAGAAAAGGAAAUUAUAAAACUGCCAGUCAUAGUAAAGCUAGAAAAACCUUCAGAAAACAGUGAGGAAAAGCAGAUUACCAAAGAAGAAAAUGAUUCCUUUAAAGAAAAUGUCAAGCCUGUUAAAGCAGAAGUGAAGGAAAAUAAAGUAGAACCAAAAGAUUUAAAAGACGUUAAAAGCAGCACAGAUAAAAUAACAGUACAUGAGCCUGAGAGAUUAGAGUUUUGUGUCAAUGUCAAAACCCCUCAAGAAGUUGUGGAGAAAUCUGCAGAAGAAAGUGAGAAACUUAAAAAUGACCAGCAGGCAAAGAUACCACUGAAAAAGCGAGAGAUCAAGCUGACAGAUGACUAUGACAGCCCAAUAAAGGGGUCCUUGUGUAAAUGUGUUACUCCAACAAAGGAUGUCUUGAAAGAGGAAGGAAAACCAGAGGAGGAGGGUUUUAGACGAGUGCCUACAAUCACUGCUUUAUGUCCUGAUGGGAAAUUGCUAGUAAAUGGAGAGGUUACCAGUGAAAAAGUCGCCCAAAAUGUCACCCAAAAUAAUAAGUCAGAACAUUCCAUUAGCACAAAGGAAGACAGCAGCAGCUCAUCGAAGGAGAAAAAUUGCAUAAGUGGGGGGAAAAUAUCAGACUCUUUAAACUCUGUUAGCAAAAUUGUGAAAACAUAUGAAGAUCAGAAAAAUGUGCCUACCGACAAAGAGGUAGCUGCUACGAUCUCUGAGGUUUCUAAUCAGAAAGUGCCUUUAAAGGAGGAAUCUAGUCUUAUGGAAAAAGAGUCCCUCGACAGUAUGACUUCUGAGGUGGCAAUGGAGGACUCGUGGAAAGCAGGAUACUGCCCCAAGAAACCUGAAGAGAAAUUAGCUUUGAAAACUAGGAAGGACAGACGACCACCACUCAAAGAAUGUUUAGAAAAGCUGGAAAAGUCCAUGAAGACAUCCACUCCUAAGGAGCCAUCCAAGCUUGAUCUAACAGAUGAAGAGGGUUUGAAAAGUAAAAAUGAACUGGAGAAGAAAUCUGACUCUCCAAAAGCAGCUGAAACACCUCCAUCAUCUAUUCCUCCUGUUCCUUCCGAGAAAUCUGCUUUAGAAAAAGAGGGCUCAGAUUCCAAAAACAUACUUCCUGAUGAAAGCAAAGUUCAGGAAGGAUCAGAUUCAGAAAAACAAAAGGAGGAAUUCGAAGUUCCCCGGACAGAACCAGACAAACAAGAUAAUGCCCAAACCUCUAAUAUAGAGGAGUCUUCAGAGACUAAAAAGGAAUCUCCAGUACAAAAAAGCAAAUUUAAAUAUAAACUGGUUUCUGAAGAGAACAUCUGUGUAACAGAUAACAAGGAAAUAACCUCCGAGAGGCAGAAGGAAGGGAUCAAGUUAACCAUCAGGAUCUCCAGUAGAAAGAAAAAGCCUGAUCCACCUCCGAAGACUCAGGACACCGAGCAGAAGGAAGAGGAAGAAGUCAAUGUUGGUCGCACUUUAAGGAGGUCUCCAAGAAUAUCUAAACCUACUCCAAAAGUGGUGGAGACUCGGGAUCAGAAAACUGACAAAAAACGAGGUGAAGAAGAGGAGGAGAAAUUGGCAGCGCUGCAAAAGCAAGACCGAAGAGAGGAUGUGAAAAAACAAGAGAAGGAGUCCAAUUCUAAAGUGAGCAAGGUCACACAGAGAAGCAAAGUGCGGUGGACAGGAACUCGAACUCGUGGCAGGUGGAGAUAUUCAAGUAAUGAAGACAGUGAGGAGUCUGAGACCGAAGAAAACUCUGAGGAGGAAUCUGAGGGGGGAGAGGAAGAAGAGGAACCUGCACCUGCUGAUGAUGAUGAACCAUGCAAGAAGUGUGGCCUUCCCAAUCACCCUGAGCUAAUUCUGUUGUGUGACUCUUGUGACAGUGGAUACCACACAGCCUGCCUUCGACCCCCAUUGAUGAUAAUCCCAGAUGGAGAGUGGUUCUGCCCACCUUGCCAACAUAAAUUACUCUGUGAGAAGUUAGAAGAACAAUUGCAAGAUCUGGAUGUUGUCUUGAAAAAGAAGGAGCGGGCAGAGCGAAGGAAAGAGCGAUUGGUGUAUGUGGGUAUCAGUAUUGAGAACAUCAUCCCACCACAAGAGCCAGAAAUACCAGAAAGUCAGGAAGAAAAAAAGAAAGAUUCCAAAAAGUCAAAAUCAAAACGGCUUGAAAGGAGGUCUACUAGAACACGGAAAUGCAUAAGUUACAGAUUUGAUGAAUUUGAUGAGGCAAUUGAUGAAGCAAUAGAAGAUGAUAUCAAGGAGGCCGAUGGAGGAGGUGGUGGCAGAGGCAAAGACAUGUCUAAUAUCACAGGUCACCGAGGAAAAGACAUUUCCACCAUCCUAGAGGAAGAAAGGAAAGAAAAUAAGCGGCCACAAAGGGCCGCUGCAGCACGUCGCAAGAAACGACGGCGACUGAACGACCUCGAUAGUGAUAGUAACCUGGAUGAGGAAGAGAGUGAGGAUGAGUUCAGGAUCAGCGAUGGAUCUCAGGACGAGUUUGUUGUAUCAGAGGAAAACCCAGAUGAAAGUGAAGAUGAUCAGCUGUCAAACGAAGACAGCGAUACAGAAUUCUGUGCCCGUAGACCCAGGCGACACCACUCCAGGCCAAUGAGACAAAGCAGGCGGUUACGAAGAAAAACAGUCAAGAAAAAAUAUUCAGAGGAUGAUGAAGAGGAAGACUCUGAGGACAAUUUAAGUAGGGAGUCUGAAAGUGGUGAUUACACAGAUUACAGUGAUGAUGAUUACCUGGAAACUAGGCGGAGAAGAUCAAGGCGGAAUCAGAAGAGACAAGUUAACUAUAAGGAGGAUUCAGAAAGCGAUGGCUCACAGAAAAGUGUUCGAUACGGAAAGGAGCUAAGACGACUUCAUAAACGCAGGCUUCCCAGUUCAGACAGUGAAGAGAGCUACAUGUCCAAGAACUCUGAAGAUGAUGAACCAGCAAAGGAAUCAAAGCAGUCUAUUCGAAAACGUAGCCGAAGUACAGACGAAUACUCAGAAGAAGAAGAAGAGGAUGGGGAUGAACCAGAGGAGGGGAGACCUGUCCGCAAACGGCUGAAUCGAAUUGAAACAGAUGAUGAAGAUAACUGCGACAAUGCGAACAAAGAUGCAGAAAAGCCUGCACCUGCAAAUAAGCCGUCAGCACCUCAUGCUCCUCAUGACAGCACCAAGAAGCCCUGCUACCGGAUAGAAAGUGAUGAUGAAGAUGACUUUGAUAAUGUAGGGAAAGUAGAAAGCCCGUUGGACUACAGCCUAGUGGACUUGCCUUCCACCAAUGGACAGAGCCCAGGUAAAACUAUUGAAACCUUGAUUGGCAAACCAAGUGAGAAGACUCAAGCCCCCAAGGACAGCACAGCCAAUGCCAACCUGGCACCCAAUGGGACGGGGGGUGGGCAGGAGGUAGUAGGGCCAGAGGAAGAGGAGGAUGAACUUUUGAGAGUGACUGACCUUGUUGAUUACGUCUGUAACAGUGAACAGUUAUAAGACUUUCUUCCAUUUUUGUGCUAAUUUAUUCCACGGUAGCUCAUACCAGCGGGCCAGUUAUUAAAAGCUGUUUUAUUUUUCCUAGAAGACUGUCCACUACAGUAUCACUUUUUAGAAGCAAGAAUUUCACCAGUUCUGCAGUCUUUCUGUGAAGUGACCAGUUUUGAACUUUGAAGAUAAAUUGCUGUAAAUUCCCUCUUAAUUUUUUUCUCUCCUUCCAAGUCCAUGGUCCUGGGUAAUUUCAUUCACAAAAACCUUAUAACAACAAGAGAUUUGUAUAUUUUUGACUUUAUAUUUCCUGAAAGCAUACAAAUUUGUUGAAAUGUGUGGCCUAUGAAAGCAUUCCAAAUCAGUCAGGGCCCAAAACGUAACUGGGGCAGGGGGCAGUGGGAGGCGGGAAUGGGGGCGUGUGUGCAGAAGCACUUGUGCUUUAGCUUUUUCAUAUGAGAUAUAUAUUAUAUUUAAAUGUUCACAACUUAGAUGACAAUUUAACAGACCGUUUAAAAAUUAAUGUCUCUACUGUUGCAUUUUGUGAGUUGUAGGUUAACAUACAUAGCUCAUUUUAGUAAUCACCUUCAUGAAAGCAGCUUGAUUUAAGAUUGGAGAUAACCACAGUAAAUAAAGAGGCCAAGAAAGUACAAUAAACAAGAACUCUAGUAUCCAUUUUGACUUGCAGAAUUUCCUGAUAAACAUCCUUUAAAGUGUUUGUACAGUAAAGUGUACUGUAAUGAAGUUUUGACGGUCGAAACAUGCUAGCAAUGAAUUUAUAAAACAGUUUUUCCAUGCAUAUUUCAUCAGAUGGCCUUUAAUGUACAGUAUCUGGUGGGAGGGAAUCUGUGUGAAGUUAGUUUGUAAAUGGGAUGAUACCAUGUGAGUGCUGUAAACUUUUUCAGAUGCCAGAACCACUGUAUAAAGUAACUGGCCGUUUGAGUUUUAAACCAUCUAUCAGAGUAUUUUGAAAGGAAUACGUUUGUACAUACUGCAUUGAUCACAGGAUUACAGCGCAUCUGAUGAUGGAGGGAUUUUCAAAUAAACCUUGACUGGUCCAUUCAUGCCCCUAAUAUCUACUUCAAAUUGAAGUAAACAAAUGGAGCAGUUUUCCUUUUGGAGGUUUUCUGUUUUGGAUUUGUGUGUUUGUUUUGAUUUACUUAUCUGCCUGGAUGUACUAGCAGGUUUUGAAUGUAGUGUUGGCCUUUGGCCAUUAGAAUUUUCUUAAAAUACAUUUUAAUAGUUGUCAUGUGACCAACUGAUUUCAAGAAGGCAGUAUUUCUGGGAGAAAAUGCUUGACUCCAAGACAAUAUCUCAUCACUUUGAGUGGCAUGUACGUUAGCUCAAGUAUACAGAUUUUUUUUUAACAGUUUAUUUGGCACAUAAUAGACAGUGAAGCUGAAGUUUGUUUUGGAUAGCACUCAGUUUUCUCUUGGCUCUUAAUUAAGAUGCAGGCUGUAAAGUUUAUACAUGUUGUAGCCCACAGCUAAAACAUAGCUGCCAAAUGUUGAAAUCUGAUAAGGUCACAUCUAUUAAACCUUUUGCGCUGAGAUUUGGAUUCCCCCUCCCCCUCCCGGUGUUAUGUCCAUUGCCGGCAAUGGAUGCACUAAAUUUGCUGCUGGCACCAAGGAGUGAUUUCUCCUUCCUACUGCCACCCCCACCUCCUCAAUGUCGUAUUGACUAGUCAGUCAGUAGUUAAGCACUUCUAUUUCAUUGUAAUAAAGCUGGCAUUAGGCCUUUACUAAAUACCUCUCUAGAAAACCUAGAUCCAAAAAUACCUACCUUCUAGCCUUGAAAAUCCUUGUUUUUGUUUUUCCCCUCUGUCCAUGUUAGUUCUGUAGAACCGACUGCAUUAAUGUUAUUUCAUUGGGAUUCUAGCAGUUCAUACAUCCUCAUGUAUAAAACUAAAACCAUCAAAGAUGCAAAAGGUUAGGACCCACUCAUCGUUUGCUAUGGUAAGCAAGGUUUGUGACUUAAGAAAAUGAGAAUUCACUUUUUCUUUCCAAAUAAGUUUAUUCCAUCUGAAUUUUUAAACAAAUAAUUAUUUCCACCAUGUCAAUUGAUAGUUAACAGGUUUCAUUAACAGAUGUUUAAACAGGGUAGUGCGAAAAGCCACAGAAGGUUAGAAAGUGUUCUUAAAAGCAUCUGUAGCAUUUUAAGCUACUAUUCAGUAUAUUCUGCUGCCUUUUUUUUUUUUUUGCUUAGGUGAUGCAACAAUGUAGUGCUGCUACAUUUCUAAUACACUUGUGUUUAAAAUGAUCAGUGACGUGGCUCCCAUUUUUCAAUGUUAGUAACUGUGCAUUUUUAGUAUUUGCAGUGCAAACUGUCUGAUUCACAUAUGCAAUACUCUGCGCAGCCAAGACUUCUGUUGUGUUUAGGCGGUGCCAUAACCCUUUUGUUCUCUGACUUAGCCUUUUAGUAUCUGAUCAGUGCUGUAGCAGACAUUCUUGCUGUAGCAUUAACUCUGAAUUAUAGACAUCUCGUGGGCAACUAAUUUCAAUGUAAGAAAAAUACAAAAGAGUUGGAAGUAUUGGAUACACCAACCAGAGAAAAAAAAUCAAAUAUUGUGUUUGAAUUGUGGGAAUGAUGUAAAAGCAGACAAUAUCAUAAAGUUCAGUCGGAACACUGGAACAGAGGAUCCAGUCGUUUUCCAGGUACUGUCAGUUCCAUAAAUAUAUACAUGAUUUUGAUGCUGCUAUGCAGCUUUACUUCCUGUAUGUCAGUUUUGUAGAUUGACCUUCUAUUUGAUUAAGAAAAAGUUCUCCCUGAUGUUAAUGUGAUCCCAAAGAGUCCAAGCCUAAAACCCUUACACAGGCAAAGCUCCCUUUUAUAUCAAUGGGAAUCCUAUCUGAGUAAAGACUGCAACAUUUGGCUCAAAGACAGGGUUUACAUUUUCAGCCCUCUCCCAAUCCCCAGUUUUGAAGAUUUUCUGCUUGAUGGAAAAUGUAUAGUAUCUUAUUUGGGAAAUGGCACUUCCUGAUAAGAGCACAAGUGACCCCUAGUCAGAUGGUAAGAAUAUUUUCGUUAGUUCACACUAUGGAAAUGUCUUCCAGUUGAUUUGGUGUCAUUCGCAGAUUGUGUUCUACUGUAAUCUUGGUAAGGAAUGAAGUGCAAUGUUUUUGGAUUAUGUUAAUGUCCACAGGGAAUACUAAUCUUCAGCUGUUGCUUAAGUUAAUAAGCAAAAGACCAAAUCAUUUUAGAAACACAAUGGAGACUUGCCUUGGGUUAUUUAAUGGAAUAGUUCCAACUGGAAAAGAAUAAGCAGAUAUCAAUCCUAUAUGUAAGGAUUUGAUUGCACAAACAGCUAUCCAUCAGGUUGUGACUAAAAGUUGCUAUGUUGCAGAUUUUUAAAUUGAACAUUAUUUAGUGCAGAACUGACUGGGGAAAAAAGUUAAUGAAGUGCAGUUUAGGUUUUAAGCCGCAUUGGAGAGGGGAAGAAGCUACAAACUGAGAGAAUUAAAGGAGGGAUGGAACUUUCUAAUCCAUUUCACAAAGAGAAGAGUGAUAUUUGCUGGCUUGAAAACCACUUGUAUGAGCAUUGGUGUCAAAAAUGUACAGUAAAUUCACUUCACGCUAGAUGGAUGUGAUGAAUUACAUUAACAAAGCCCGUAAUAUAGUAAGAACUUCACCAUGGCUAUUUUUGUCAUCUUUGAUUCUUCUAAAUGAGUGUAUUCCUGGUUUUAAAAAACAAAUGUAGACACAGUGUAUGUCUCUUUGUUUAAUUAUGAGUACAGGAAGAUCAAUAUUAAACAAUGAACUCUUUGAGUAUUUGAUAGUUGAUUCAGAGUUAUGCACAUUAAAUUACGUGAACACA